UAUUUGCCGGUUGAACAAUGGCGGGCUCCAACACGUCAGAAAGAAAGAAGAAGCCACCGUUGAAACUGUACUACAAAUUCCGAAUAUCGUAUAUACUUUUCCCCCUUCCCCAAAAUUCCUUUUUAUCCUUAUUAAUCUCUCUCAAUCACACCAAAUAUUUGUCACCCAUCGCCUAAUUUUCGAACCCUUUAACCAUCUGUAUCAUAUGGAGCUUUUUCAAGAACUAGUCUUCACAAUCUCCUUCUCCCUCAUAGUUUCUCUGCUAAUCGCCAAGCUCUUCGCAGUUGCAUCGAGUUCUGAUUAUGGGAAUUCAACCGUUUCGAUCAGGGUUGAAGAAAAGAUCGAAACAGAUUGGGUUUUUUGUGGGUCUGAAAAGGAUGAAAAGGUUGUGUGUGUUGAAGAUUUGGGGAGAGUGAGUGAGGAGGUUGGUGUUGGGUGUGAUGGUGAUGAAUUGGGAAGUGGGGUUGUGAUCAAAGAGGGUGAAAGUGUCGAUGGGGUUAGAGCGUGUUAUGUGUUUGAUGAAAUGCCUGAGAGAGUUGAAGUUGGUGAUGGUUUAGUGGGAAGUGAUGAGGGUAAUGUGGUGGAGUGUUGUGGAUUGCUGGGAGAGGAUUGUGUGAAGUCGGUUGAGGUGUGGGAUGAGUCAUCGGUCCGUGUCGGUGGUGAGUGUUAUGUGUUUGAUGAAAUGCCUGAGAGAAGUGAAGCUGGUGAUGCUGGUGUUGGUUUGGUGGAAAGUGAUGAGGGGAAUGCGGUGGAGUCUAGUGGAUUGUUAAUACAAAAGGAUUGUGUGAAGUUUGAUGGAGUAGAGCAUGGAUCGUCGGUCAGUGUUAGUGGUGACUCUUAUGUGUUUGAUGAAAUGCCUGAGAGAACCGAAGAUAAGGAUGCUAGUGUUGAUUUGAUGGAAAGUGAUGAGGAUAAUGGAUCCUUAGUACAAGAGGUUUUCGUGAAGUCUGUUGAAGUGAAGGUUGAUGAGGUUUUUGAUGAUGAUUGGCAGGGGAUUGAGACAACAGAGUUGGAGAAGACUUUUGGUGCUGCUGUGGCGUUUAUGGAUUCAAAGAGUAGCGCUGAUCGCGUAAAUUUGAUGGAUAAUGAAGUGAAGGUAGAGUUAUACGGGCUUCAUAAGGUUGCCAUUGAAGGGUCUUGCUUUGAACCGCAGCCGAUGGCUCUCAAGGUCUCUGCUCGUGCUAACUGGAAUUCGUGGAAACGUUUAGAAAAUUUAGGACGAGAGGAUGCAAUGGAACAAUACAUCACUCUUCUUUCUCAACACGUUCCAGAUUGGAUCGGAAGACAUGCUUCUGACAAACAAUGACAUGAAGUUGUUGUUCCUGGGUUGAUCUUGGCUCCUUGGCAGUAUCUCUCACAUUAAUGGGGUCUAACUUGAAACUGCAGCAUUUGUUGUCAUCAUGAGUUAGGCUAUUCUAUUUCAGGGCAUAUAAGUAAAUAAUAAUAAUAACUUUAUUUGUAAAUAUAAAAAGGGUUAUGAUUGCUUGUUAUGACUAGCAUUUUGGAUAAAGGUGCUAGAAAUCUUCUCUUUUUUGUACCUAAUUUACCAUUGUUGUUGCUGGGCUCCUUAUGGUGUAUUGCUUGCUUGUGUUGGUUGAUUUACAAGUGUACAUGUGUAUGUAUGUAUGUAUGUAUGUGUGAUUGUUUCUCAUGGUUUCAAAAACAGGUGUAUGGUUAUUGUCAUUUUUUAUAAGUAUUAUAUGUUGUAGUAA